AGUCACGUGACCAGGGUGCCUCGCGUCCAGGGUCACGUGUUGGGUGAAAAGGAAAUGGCGGCGUCUGAGAUGUGUGUCAGGAGUAGCAGAGAGUUUUGGACAAUCCUUCUGGGGAGAUCAGCACUAAGGGAACCAGCCCAGAUUGAAUCGGAGUUAGACAGGAAUUGGGAGCGCUUGCUGUCUGGAGUUUCUUAUUACAAACUUCCAAGCUCUGCUUCAGCUGAAAAGCUUAAGGCUGAUAAAGAUGUGGCCCAACCAAUGAAAGACUUUGCACUCAGAAUCAGUAAAUUUCUGAACCUUGAUGAGCUGCAGAGUGUUCAGGUUUUACAGUCUUACCUACAGGAGGAUUUUCGGGGGACAAGAGAGUCACUAAAGACUGUGUUGCAGGAUGAAAGACAGAGUCAGGCCCUGCUUUUAAAGAUUUUCGAUUACUACUAUGAUGAGAGGAUCUGCCUUCUUCGUUGUGUUCUUUUCCUUCUUACAUAUUUCCAGGAUGAGCGCCAUCCUUACAGAGCAGAAUAUUCAAAAUGCAUUGAGAAGCUGGAAAAGGACUUGAUACCAAGGUACCGGCAGCAAUUUCAGGAUCUGUUCAGAGCUGAGGCUCCAACGUGGGAAACCCAUGGCAAUCUCAUGACAGAGAGACAGUUAUCUCGUUGGUUCGUGCAGUGCCUGCGAGAACAGGCUGUGAUUUUGGAAAUCAUAUUCCUUUAUUACGCUUAUUUUGAGAUGCAGCCUGCUGACCUCCUCAGCUUUACUCAGAUCUUUAAGGAACAGGGCUUUGGACGUAGGCAGACUAACAGGCAUUUACUAGAUAAAAGCAUGGAUGCUCUCAUCGAUCGUAUUGGGUACUUCAGUUCUCUGAUUUUGGUGGAAGGAAUGGAUAUUGAAUUCUUACAUAAAUGCGCUCUUGAAGACCGGACAGAUCAACACCAGUUUACCAACAUUCCUGAUAUUUGCAAAGAUUUGGACCAACUGCUUUUGACAUUUGGUGACAUUCCUCAUCAUGCACCAGUGCUGCUAGCAUGGGUGUUGUUGCGUCACACCCUCAGUCCUGAAGAAUCCGGACCAGUGGUCAGAAGAAUAGGCAGCAUAGCCCUGCAGCUCAAUGUGUUCCAGUAUUUGAGCUGCAUGCUGAAAGCUUUAGGCAGUGGGGGAAUCAACUUUACUUCCAGCACUGCACGAAUGUGUAUAUAUGGACUCAUUUCUUUUGUUGUCACAUCUUUUGAAGAAGAUGCCCUUGGGAGUCAACAGGACAUAGUAGAUGCUGCAUGUGAGGUUCUGGCUUCCCCAGGCCUUCCUGAAGUCUUCUGGGAAACAAAGCCAAAUGUUGGCCUAGGAAUGAUUUUGGACAAUGCUGUUGGGAUUUUCCCCCAUAAUAUUAAACCCCUGCUUCAACUUUUAACUGCCCUCUUAUCAGACAAAUCCACCGCCAAAAAGGUGUACAGCUUUUUGGACAAGAUGUCCUUUUACACAGAAGUUUUUAAGAUGAAGCCUAAUGAUAUCUUAUCACAUGAAGAUGAGACGCUGUGGAGGAGGCAGGCUCCGAAGCUGCUCUACCCCUUUGGCCAGGGUCAGACAAACCUGCGAAUGCCACAGGGCACAUUGGGACAGGUUAUGAUGGGAGACCAAGGCUAUGUGGUGCGUUGGGAUUACUCCUAUAGCUGCUGGACUCUCUUCACUUGUGAGAUUGAAAUGCUGCUGCAUGUCGUGUCCACGGCAGAUGUUCUUCAGCAUUGCCAAAGGGUCAAACCAAUUAUUGAUCUGGUUUAUAAGGUGAUCAGCACUGAUUGGUCAAUUUCCGACUGCCUCCUCCCUAUUACGUCACGUGUUUACAUGCUCCUUCAAAGGCUGACAUCUGUUAUAAACCCUCCAGUUGACAUCAUUGCUUCCUGUGUUAAUUGUUUAACGGUACUGGCAGCAAGAAUGCCAGCAAAGGUCUGGGCAGAUUUGCAUCAUACAGGAUUUCUGCCAUUUGCAACGGUGCCACUGACCAGCAUGGCUCAGGCUAUCCGAGCUGAAGGCAUGAAGGCUGGAAAUUAUGGAAACUUGCUUGUGUUAAUUGAACAACCUCAGGGGGAGUAUGCAGUUACAAUUGCUUUUUUGCGACUGGUCACAACACUUGUUAAGGGUCAGUUGGGUAGUACACAGAGCAAAGGACUCAUUCCCUGCGUGCUCUUGGUUCUGAAAGAGAUGCUGCCUUCAUAUUGCAAGUGGAGAUACAAUUCCUAUGGCGUACAAGAGCGAAUAGGUUGUUUAAUAUUGGAGCUGAUCCAUGCCAUUUUAAACCUGAGUCCAGAUGGAGAAACCCAAGGAAGUAACCUGAGCUUACAGUCCCUGUGUGUCUACAGUCUUGCCAACACUGAGGCUGGUCAAGCAGUUGUUAGCAUUGUGGGUGUCGGUGUCGAUGUGAUUGACAUGGUCAUGGCGGCACAUCCAAGCAGUGGAGGAACAGAAGGCCCUGGUCAGAUGCUAAUUCAGACAGUGAAACUGGCCUUCUCUGUCACCAACAACGUCAUUCGGUUGAAACCUCCAUCUGAUGACGUGUCUCUUUUGGAGCAGGCUCUUACACAGCAUGGGAGCCAUGGUAAUAACCCAAUUGCUGUUUUGGCAAAGUACAUCUAUCACAAGCAUGAUCCAGCACUUCCACGCCUUGCAAUCCAACUGCUAAAACGUCUAGCAACGGUUGCCCCCAUGUCUGUGUAUGCUUGUCUUGGCAGUGAUGCCGCAGCAAUCAGAGACGCCUUCCUCACACGCCUUCAGAGCAAGACGGAGGACAUGAGAAUUAAAGUGAUGAUUCUAGAAUUUCUUACAGUGGCAGUGGAAACCCAACCAGGGCUAAUAGAGCUGUUCCUUAACUUAGAGGUGAAAAAUGGAACAGAAGGAUCAAAGGAGUUUCUACUUAGAGAAUGGAGCUGUCUACAGAUAGUCUUGGAUCUUAUUGACUCAACCCAGCAAGGGAAGUAUUGGUGUCCUCCUCUGCUCCACCGAGCUGCUCUCUCUUUUCUUCACGCUCUUUGGCAAGACAGACGAGAUAGUGCCAUCUCUGUUCUGCGCACAAAGGACAAAUUCUGGGAGAAUUUGAUGACGCCACUAUUUGGGACUCUUCCUGAACCCAGUGAAUUGACAGAGCCUUGCAUAAUUGAGACUUGCUCCUUGGUGAUGAAGAUAAUUUGCCUGGAAAUUUAUUAUGUGGUCAGAGGUUCUUUGGAGAAGUCUUUAAAAGAUAUGCUGGAGAAAUACUCAAGGCUUGAACGUUAUCAGUACUGGUCAGGUUACAUCAAAUCACUGGUGUGUCACAUGGCGGAAACUGAAGGAGACCGAAUCAGCUCUGUCACCGAGUGCAGAAUGCUAGUUUCCGCAUGGAGAAUCUUGCUUAUUCUUUCAUCGAGUCACCCUGAUAUAAUGCAUUUGACAGACACGCGUGUUCAGAAAGAGCUGUUCAUGGAUAUUCUGCACAGUACCAAAGCAGUGCUAUUAGCUCCAGUUUCAAUUCCAUGUUUGCAACUUGGCUCACUUCUCACCACCUUGUUAAUGAUUCUACUUAAGCAGUGGAAACGAGUUAUCACUUCCUCUACUGAAAUCCUGGAUCCCUUAGCUCAGAUCUUGGAGAGUGUGCUUCAAGCAGACCAGCAGUUAAUGGAAAGGACAAAGACUGAAGUUUAUUCGGUGCUUAUUUCUGUUUUACAGAUCCAACGGUUGAAUGUAAACGAGUUACCCCAGCUUCCUCAGCUGCUGCCAAGUGUUUGCGAGACUGUCCAGGAAGAAGCACUGGCCCUUCUGGACAGCACCCGACAUGCCGCCUUGUUAUCAGAGAGUAUGACGGAGGACAAAGAUAGCAUGGAUAUGGAUGCUUCUCCAAAGUCUUUUCACUCUGACGAGAGGGAUGGGGUAUGUGUGCUAGCUCUGCACCUACUCAAGGAGUUGUGCCGUGUUGACGCUAAUGGUGACCACUGGCUACAGGUGAUGCGGCGACUCCCCGUGCUUCCCUCCAUCCUUGGCACACUGGAGUUGAGCUUGCGGGCCAAGCAGAACCUGCACUUCAGUGAGGCCACACUUCACCUUCUCCUGACACUUGCCAGAACUCCACAGGGAGCAAAAGCAGUUGCAGGCGCUGGAGUAAUUCAGAGCAUUGGACUCCCUCUGCUCAGCGUAUAUGAAAUCAGCUCAAAUGGUACCUCUCAGAGUGGUUUCUCUAGGAAGUCCCAGGAUGCUCCAUCAUGGUCUGGCGUGUAUCGUCUUUCUAUGUCUUUAAUGGAAAGUCUCUUGAAGACCUUGCGCUAUAACUUCCUAAAUGAGGCCCUUGACUUUGUGGGAGUUCACCAAGAGCGUAUUUUACAAUGUCUGAACGCAGUACGCAGCGUGCAGAGUUUGGCCUGUCUUGAUGAAGCCGAUCACACCGUGGGAUUCCUGUUACAACUAUCUAACUUCUGUAAAGAGUGGCAGUUCCACCUUCCACAGCUGCUCCGGGAUGUCCAGGUCAAUCUGUCUUACCUUUGCCAGACGUGUACAUACCUGCUGCACAGCAAGAAAAUGCUGCACCUUUACCUUCAGACAAAGAGUGGAGAUGGCGCCCCCACUGGUCCUCCUGCACAACCCCAACGUGCAUCCCAAACUCCCUCCAAAGCACUGCAUUCAGAACCAGUAGAUGUGGAGCAGAGAGCUCUUCUUGCAGUCCAGAACAGCCUACUAAAAAUCCUCAGCAAGACGCUGGCAACUUUACGGCACUUUACCCCCGAUCUUUGCCAGAUCCUGCUUGAUCAGUCUCUUGACCUGGCAGAGUUCAAUAUCCUCUUUGUCCUGAGCUUCACAAUGCCAGCCUUUGACUCUGAUGUUGCUCCAUCCUUUGGGACUCUACUGGCCACAAUGAGUGUGGCGCUGAACAUGUUGGGAGAGGCUGACCGAAAGAAGGAACCUGCAUCGCUGAGCGUUGAGGCUUUGGCAUCUGCUGAGGAAACCCAGUCACUGAGAUCUCUUCUGAUGUUUACCAUGGAAAACUGCUUCUACGUGUUGAUCUCCCAGGCACUCCGCUAUCUUAAAGAUCCCAGCUUUCAUAUCCGAGACAAACAACGAAUGAAACAAGAAUUAAGCUCAGAGCUGAGCACACUCCUGUCUAGCCUGUCACGCUACUUCCGCCGGGGUUCGCCAUCAUCGCCCGCUGGGGUGACACUGCCAUCCCCUCACAGCAAGCCUUCAUCUGUGGGCUCCAAAAUGAGCCUGGAAAGCCAGGAGCCCCUCAUUCAGUUGGUACAGGCUUUCAUUAGGCAUGUCCAGAGAUAAUUCAUAGGUCAGUUCCUUUUUUAUUUUAUAGGAAAUUAAGCAACUAAUUGUAAAUAAAAGAAAUGACAAAGCCAGUGCUCCGUAUGUGACACCUGUUUAUACAAACAAAACUGAGGAAGGUGACCAUUUUAUUUUUUUUUUAUUAUUUGCUGUACAGUAACAACAAGAGAGGACGUGUAGGUGUGAGGUGACCUGUGUGACAUGUCAAACGCGGGACCCCAAUGUCUUGUCUGUCUGAGUUUUAAGUUCUUUGUUCUUCUCAAGUCCUUUUCAACUUUCCCUCACACUGGCCAGUUAAUUUAUACUUUAAGAAGGUGCUGAGGAUGGUUUGAAACGCCAGCACUACUCCUAAUCCGUCAUUCCUGAUGGCUAAAACCCCCAAGGAGCACUGCGUGGAAAGUGAAGGAGAUGGACUGCAGUAGUUUAAUGACAUGAGGUCACAAUGUGGCAUGUCAUGAUUUGAAGGAAACUUGCAUUGCAGUUGGGGAUGACGACGCCAGUAAGGUCGUUUUGAUGUGCUUGUCAGUCUGCUGCCUAUCACAAAGGCACCGGACCACCAAGUACAGGGUGCUGCCCCUCCUCACCACGCUUUUAGUAUCUGUUUUACUUGAAAAGAGCACAAGUGCUGCGACAAGGAGCCCUUCAAUGGGACCGAAUGAGUUUUAGCGUCUUUGGGAUUUUAUGUGCUUUUUCUUGUGCGCGUGCACGUGUGUGUGUGUUAGAAAUGCAUUGUGGGUAUGUCCCCGCGCUCAUGAAUGAAAUGUCUGUUUGAUUUGCAUAUUAUAAAAGAGUGGCUUACACAAGCACAAACCUGACCAACAUAUGUAUAUAGCAUUUUUGUUAUCCUACUUUCAUAUUUAUAUCAUUAAAAGUCUUUUAUAGCAAA